CUUUGGACAGAAAAGAAAAACCCACACCGUGUUUUUUGUGGGUGUUUCACAUCAUCCAUGGCCCAAACAUGUUUUAUUUCACAGUUUAUUUGGUAAAAACAUACACUUUCAUACCGUACUCAAUACAAAACAACAAUUAAUAGUACUUCUUUCUUAAUACAACAUUUAGAUUACAACUAUGAUGUCUUCGUCCUUCCCAAACCCUAGGGAUACUUCUCUGUCAGAUCACCUGAUCCAUACCAAACCAAAUGGGGAGUCCUCAUUUUUUACCGGAAACACCAUCCUCACCGUCCCAGCUAGCUUAUUGUUCAUCUUGAUAUCCUGUAUGGGUUCGAUCUCUCCAUCUAUGAACCCGUACAAGACAACCCUUUCCGUGGUUAAGGCUUCUAUGGCAAUCGGUUGCAUAGGUGCGUUGUUGGCGAUGUUCAUGCGCCGCCAGGGCUAUGCAGGCGUUGCUCGAUGUAUUCAGUAUGUGGGCGGAUUAGCUUACGCGUUCGGAUUCUUGGGUAUCGCAAGCAUAUUCCUCCCUGCGACGAUGAUCUGUUGGGUUUUGUUGCCUGCCGGUGGUUUGAUCUUCAUAGCUUUCAAGAUGAG